AUGGUGCUUGAACCUUUAUCAAAUGCAUGGUGGAUUGAUUCUGCUGCUACUAGGUAUAUUGUGCAAAAUAAAGACAUGUUCGUGGAGUUUACUGAAAAGAAGGUUGGUGAACACAAAAUCUACAUGGGCAACAACUCCUAUAGUGAUGUUUUGGGCAUCGGCAACUGUCAAUUCUCUAUUAAUGAAACUUCCAUUGUGCUUCAUGAUGUGCUUCAUAAUGUGCUUUAUGUACCCAGCAUUCGCCGAAAUUUAAUUUCAAUUUCAGUGUUAACCCAAAAGGGUUUUGAGAUUAAUUUUAGGUUUAACACAGUAUUGAUUAAGAAAGAAAGUGUAUUAGUGAAAGGUGUGAGAGUGAAUGACAUGUACUCUCUUCCUAUUGAUAAUAAUAAAUCCUAUGUAUCUCAGGAUUUUUCUCUUCUUUCUUUGACACCCAAUCCACCAAUUCUCCAACCAUCUAAUAGUGGGAGGAAACGACAAUUACAUAACGUUGUUUUACCUACUUCAAAUCCUAAGAUAAGUGAGAGUAAGAGAGCAAAACAUCCAUCUACGUUUUUGAAAGAUCAUUAUGUUUUUCAAGUUGAAGAACUUAAUAACUUAGUAGAUGAUCCUACUAGUUAUAAUGAAGCAAUAAGUAACAGUGAUGCUACACAAUGGCUUGAGGCAAUGAAUGAAGAACUUGACUCGAUCAAGAAAAAUGAUGUUUGGGAAUUAACCGAUCUCUCGCAUGGAAGAAAAGCCAUUGAUUGCAAAUGGGUUCUUAGAAAUAAAUUCAAAGUAGAUGGAAGUUUAGAGAAAUACAAGGCCAGAAUUCUAAUGGCGGUAGUAGCCAGGAUGGAUUUGGAAUUGCAUCAAUUAGAUGUUAAAACAGCUUUUCUCAAUGGAGAAUUAAAAGAGGAAAUUUAUAUGAUGCAAUCUGAUGGUUUCUAG